CUGAGCCGCCCUCUCCAGCUCCUCCAGCUCCAGCCAGGCCUCAAGUAUUGCAUUCGCCACCGGCAGGCUCCCGUCCUCAGCUCCCAGCCUGCCGCCUCGCCAUGGCCAUGAGGGUAGACAGUAGGCCCGGGGGAGUCCCUGGCAGUGGCUGUGACCUGGGCACAGCCCGAGAACACAUGCAAGCGGUCACCAGAAACUACAUCACCCACCCCCGUGUCACCUAUAGGACUGUGUGCAGCGUCAAUGGGCCCCUGGUGGUGCUGGACCAGGUCAAGUUCGCACAGUACGCCGAGAUCGUCAACUUUACCCUCCCCGACGGCACUCAGAGAAGCGGGCAGGUGCUUGAGGUGUCUGGGACCAAGGCAAUUGUUCAGGUGUUUGAAGGAACCUCUGGCAUCGAUGCCCAGAAGACCUCCUGUGAAUUCACAGGGGACAUCCUACGGACUCCAGUGUCAGAAGACAUGCUGGGUCGCGUCUUCAACGGCUCUGGCAAGCCCAUUGACAAGGGGCCAGUGGUCAUGGCAGAGGACUUCCUGGAUAUCAAUGGCCAGCCCAUCAACCCCCAUGACCGCAUCUACCCCGAGGAGAUGAUUCAGACGGGCAUCUCUCCCAUUGACGUCAUGAACAGCAUUGCCCGUGGUCAGAAGAUCCCCAUCUUCUCAGCAGCUGGGCUCCCCCACAAUGAGAUUGCUGCCCAGAUCUGCCGCCAGGCUGGGCUGGUGAAGAAGUCCAAGGCUGUGCUGGAUUAUCAUGACGACAACUUUGCCAUUGUUUUUGCGGCCAUGGGGGUGAACAUGGAGACAGCCAGGUUCUUCAAGUCUGACUUCGAGCAGAACGGCACCAUGGGGAAUGUCUGCCUCUUCCUGAACUUGGCCAACGACCCCACGAUCGAGCGGAUCGUCACCCCACGCCUGGCUCUGACCACUGCUGAGUUCCUUGCCUACCAGUGUGAGAAGCACGUGCUGGUCAUCCUGACUGACAUGAGUUCCUAUGCAGAGGCCUUGCGGGAGGUCUCAGCUGCCAGAGAGGAGGUGCCGGGGCGCCGAGGCUUCCCGGGGUACAUGUAUACAGACCUGGCCACCAUCUAUGAGCGGGCCGGCCGCGUGGAGGGCCGGGGAGGGUCCAUCACUCAGAUCCCCAUCCUCACCAUGCCCAAUGACGAUAUCACCCACCCAAUCCCAGACCUGACGGGCUUCAUCACGGAGGGACAGAUCUACGUGGACAGACAGCUUCAUAACAGACAAAUCUAUCCUCCCAUCAAUGUGCUCCCUUCCCUGUCGCGGCUGAUGAAGUCUGCCAUUGGGGAGGGCAUGACGAGAAAGGACCAUGGAGACGUCUCCAACCAACUGUAUGCUUGCUAUGCCAUCGGGAAGGACGUGCAGGCCAUGAAGGCAGUGGUGGGGGAGGAAGCGCUCACUUCGGAGGACCUGCUCUAUCUGGAAUUCCUGCAGAAAUUCGAGAAGAACUUCAUCAACCAGGGCCCCUACGAGAACCGCUCCGUGUUCGAGUCCUUGGACCUGGGCUGGAAGCUGUUGCGCAUCUUCCCGAAGGAGAUGCUGAAGCGCAUCCCGCAGAGCGUGCUAGAGGAGUUCUACUCCCGCGAGGGGGCGCCGCAGGACCCCGCUUCUGACACUGCGCUCUAGCCCCGCCCACAGGCGGAUCCCGGCGCUCCCUCCCGGGAGCCCCUGCUCUACGCCAGUUCUACAACCGCCUCGGUGUCUGCCAAGGUCCCGCACACCUGAACCAAACGCUUGAGUGCCCACUGUCAGCCCUCCGCCGGCUUAGGGCGGGAGGCAGGCUCCUACGCUUCAUCCCUCCCCCUGGAUUCCCUGCACUGGGAAAGAACAAAAGGUUGUUCCGCCUGUAUUAAGCUUGGGAUAAUCACCUGGAGAGCUUUACAGAAUACCAAGGCCCAGGCUCCAAACCAGAUCAGUUGAUCUGAAUCUGGAGGCAGAAGUCCUCUGCAUUGGUAUUCCGCGCCCCGCCCCCCCACCCCGGCCCCAGGUACAGCUGGAGUUGCAACCAAUAGUAUAGACACUGCAAUAACCCAGGUGUAGAUAAUGAGGUGAACUUGAAGAGGUCCUGAGACACUCUCCAACCCCAACAUAUAGAUACAGUUUUGUUGUCAUUCUUAGGACCCUAAUACCUCAGAAGCAACAGCCCACAGAAUCCCAUGCCAGGAAAUGCUCAAGCUUUGUCCCUGCAAAGUAUUGUCACUUUAUCUUAAUUUGAAGCCAGGUGUUAAGGCCCCCCUUGGGGCAGAUGCCCAGUAGAAUUUGCUAGUUUUUAAAGUGCUCAGGAGGGCUGCUGACUCCUUCAGACCGCUGGGGUUGGGAGGUGAGUGGGUUCCCAGAGGAGGUUUUCCCUGGAAUGAGGGAGAGCUGCUUUGGGUGAAGAAUCUGCAUUUUUGUCCCUCCCUGAGUCACUGUGGUCUUGGGAGACCCUCCCCCCUCCUUAGAUUUCUCUGGGGGAAAUACCAGGAAUGAUGGGGCCCAGAGGGGAGUAGGUAGUUAGAAGUGGGUGGUAUGAUCAGGGAUACCUAGAGUUGACCCCUGGGACCUCAGUAAACCUCUGAUAAGCUUGGGGUCAUUCCCCCUGAGAAGACCCAACACUGAAUCAAGCCACAUGAUUGCUUGACUACCAUAUACCAUAAAAACUUAAAAGGCAAACUGAGGAAAACACUGACAACAAAUACUACCAUGUUAAUAAAUUUUACAAAUCCAAUAAGAAACACUUUAAGACCCUCACAGAACAAAGAAACAGAUAAUUCCCCGAAGAGAAAAACACUGAUAUUUAAUUGUUUAACUUUUUGGUAAGUCAUCAAGGAGUCAAAUUAGAACAUUUCCACUACCAAAUUAUUAGCAAAUGUUUAUUUAAAAUCACAGUAUUCAGCACUGGUGAUGAGGUUUUCAAGUAG